UCUUCUUCGAAGCCCUGCCUACUCCUCAUGUUCAGUCUCGAGCGCUCACCUCUUUAUGAACACUGUCGCCGGGCGAAGAAAAGGGGAAAUUGUCAACUCUAGCCUACCUAUGAUCACGUUUCUAGGGCUUUUAAAAACUCUUCCGAUCCAGUUUUUAGGGUCGUGAAUUUAACAUAUGUUUGUUUAUGUACAUUGCAACUGCGCGUUACAUGUACUGGAUACAGACUUUGAACUGUAGGAUAUUGAUCUGUAGUCUAUAACUUAUAUAAAGUUGCAGACGAAAUGGUGUGUAAAGCGAUUCAGCUCUUGGUGACAUGGCCAUUACUAACUUCCUGUUUGUUCGUUCUCAAAUCUAGCGCAACUGCAGUUCCUCACAAUGAAAUCAGGGAGACCAAAACAACAGAAUUAUCAACUAUUACACCAGCAAUUGUAAUCAGGACGACUGCAGAAACAAAUGCUUCUUCGACUACAGUAGCGGGCCAAGUUACCAGCUCAGCUGCUUCCUCUGCAUCUAUCACAACCACCAGGACAAUAUCAACUCUGAUGACAAGCACCAGUCAACCUCCUGGUUCUACAGCUACAGGUGCCACCAACGCCGCAGCCCAGACCCAUACUGCCUCCACAUUUGACACAGGCAGCUUCAUCGGGGGCAUGGUUCUGGCAUUCUCCCUGACUCUUGUACUGUUCCUUGGGUACAAGUUCUUCUGUUCCAGACAGGAAGUACGCUACCGUACCAUUGAGGAACAUGAUGCUAUAAUUUAAGAAGGGAAUGGAGAAGAUCCUAUGUUGGGUAGGUCUGAAGGUAGACCAUUUCAAGGAGUUCAUGGAAAUGCCAUUUUUUGUCAAAAUAUGAACAUAGACGGUUUUUUAACUUUGAACUAUUGUGAAGGGAAAACCCUGUCUCAGUGGUAAACCUUUGUAAAGCCUGUUUCAAACCUGACUGAAAGCAAUAAUUUUAAUGAGGCAGAGCUGGUCCUGAGUUUCCCCAAAACCCUUUGUAAUGCACAGGGAAAAAUCAUUUUUACUGGAGUUUUGGAAAGUAUAUUGAAAUACUGUAUCUGUUACAUUUUACUGAAAAAUGCUGCCCCUGUGCACAUAAUUUCUCAUUGAUUAGUUGUGUUACUGCACAGUGUUGUAUUGUUGGGUGGAAAUCUUGAUAAUUUUUAAAUGUGGGACAAUCACAGAGAUUGCAAUUUUAAUAGGAAAAGAAAGAAGUUAUUUUCAUCCUAUUAGAAGAGUGAUGGAGGAAUACCUUUAACAAUCAAUUGUGCACAAAUGUUAUAAUCUCAGCUUUUCAGUGGGUUCUAUAUUUUUGUACUGAAAUAAAUAAAAAUGUGAAUUCUGUCAGUU